AUGCCAAUUUCUGUUCCUCACACCGAAGAGCUUUCAUGGUGCAGCAAUCCAGCAACAAAACAGCUUCAGCAGCAGCAACAAAUUCUGAUGCCACCCAACUCCUCGCACCAGAAGGCAACAAACAAGAAUGAUUUGUGUGUAAGACUAUCGAAAUAUGGCUUGUUUGAUUCAUGUAGAUGGAAAGACUUAACAGACACAUGCAACAGUUCUGCUCUUCCGAUGUCCGUUGUUUCAGAAGUAAAACACACUAUUUUGGGUAGCAGAGAACAUAGUACAGUGAAAAAUUAUAGACUAGAAAGUCAUCAAUACGGUUUGCAUUCACUAAGGUCAGGUGGAGCUACUAUUUGUGCUAAUUCUGGUACUAAUGAUAGACUGUGGAAAAAACAUGGACGUUGGCGUUCAGAGACAGCUAAAGAUGGAUAUGUUAAAGACAGUUUGAAACAACUUCAAUCUCUACUUAAUCGAAUGAAGGUUCCACGGUUACUACAUAAAGCAUGUUCUAAACAUUUUAAUAAAUGUUACACGAUAUACGCUAAUGCAGACGGUACAGCAGACGCUGCCGGAAAUGAAUGUUGGGGCAGACGACAGAGACUAGUCUCGUUCCGUUCACACAGCGAAUUGAAACUUGUUCAAUAUUUACUACGGACAUUCAAAAAGAUAGAACGAGACCCUGAAAUCUUUCAGACUGCCUUUAUUCAUUUAAAGACAGAGUUUUAUUACGCAUAUAUCGGCAACCGAAGGGGUUUAGACGGUAAAGGAAAAGUAUACGAAAUUUGGGAAAACAAAACUCCUGUAACUUAUUCAGCUUGGAUUAAUGGAGAGCCGUUGUCAGGUGCAUGUACACGAAUGAGUUUUAAUUUUGCUAACGAAGAAAACACAUGGGAGGCAACUGAUUGUUCAACGUUUACAGCGUUCUAUUUUGUAUGUGAACGGGAGAUUGGAAACUCUUCCAUAGAUAUACAUGAUAAAGUAUACCCCGGCGAGUACAGAGUUACGUUGAACACAACAUUAAAUGGCCAUGUCUGCCAAAGAUGGGAUUCCCAAUACCCUCACCAACAUGUUUUAUCUACAGACGAUUUGUUUCCCGACACUUCUGUAAAAGAUGCAGCAAAUUAUUGCCGAGCUCCUGGUGGAACUGAUAGAUUAUUUUGUUUCACAACUAAUCCAAAUGUACUGAUAGAUUACUGUUAUGCUAAUGAGUUUCUAGAACAAGUAAUACCACUUCAAAGUAUAGAACCGUUAAGUAAUACCGGACAGGCACCAAAAUGCACCGAACGGAUGACAUUUGACAAUGGUACAUUAGUUCAAAGUUCCAAUGACUGUGAUGAAAUAGCUGUUGAAGAUGUGCAAACGAAUGACUUUAUCAUAUGUUCCGUCAGCAGUAAUGAAAAAGAAAAAGGUCAACUAUGCCGCGUAAAAGAAAAUGUAUUAGCCGAUCGGUGUUCUGCAGUACUUCGGCCAUACACCGGAAAUCAAAACACAACUGUUUUGGGAAAACCGUGCGUGAAGUGGAGCAUGCAUAUACAUAGUACUGAUCUGCCAGACACUGAUUCAAUAUAUGCUUCAAAUUAUUGCCGGGAUUAUACCUCUUUGGGAUUUAAUUGGUGCUAUACGUCAUUUCCGGGUACAGAUUGGGAAAUAUGUGACGUUAACUAUUCAGGACCAUUAAAAAGAACUACAACCAGUAUUGACGAAGCGCAAAAGUUCAAAUGUCAUAGUGGUAACACUAUAGAAGAAUAUAAAAGAUGCAAUGGCGUUGUUGACUGUGAAGACACAUCGGAUGAAAUUGACUGUCCACAAAGAGCUCAUCAACUUUUAAAAAAUAAAAUUUUCGAGAGCAUCAUUCGAUCACCCGAAAUUGACUCCGGUUUGUUAUUUAAAUGUGGAAGUAAGGAAUGGAUUUUAUAUCUGGAACUUUGUAAUGGUAUUGUGGAUUGUGAAGACGCUUCCGAUGAAAGAAACUGUCCUAAGAAAGCCUUAGCAAAAGAUGGAUGCUCACAGGAUCAGUUCACUUGUGGCAAUGGAGUUUGUAUUCAUGUUAGCCUUGUAUGUAAUUUUAUCCAGGAUUGUGCAGACAACUCGGACGAACACUGUGAUUUUCAAGAGUGUGAUGAAAAUGAAUAUAGAUGUACAAGUGGUCAAUGUAUUCAAUCUGAUCAAAGAUGUGAUACUUUCGAAGAUUGUUUGGACGGUUCUGAUGAGGAAAAUUGUCAAACCUGCAGUUCAUCAGACGUGUUUAACUGUGACUUUAUAAGAUGUAUACCAGGACGACUUGUCUGUGAUGGUUACCCAGAUUGUGAAGAUAAAGCUGACGAGACAUCUUGUAACACAAACAAUUUUAAAACAUGCAGGGAUUUAUGGGAAGCCGGAUAUAGAGACUCAAAAGAGUACCAAGGUUUGUAA